AGACGCCGCCCGAGUCGUGAAGUCGUCCUCACGCCCGACAGCGCCGCCUCCCCUCGGCCUCCGCUCUAUCGCCCCACCGGCCGGAUCGGCGAAUCCGGCUUGUCCUUCCGCUGCCGCCGCACGCCCGCGGCCACGCUCCUCCUCCUCCGAGCAGCAGCAGUGCGCGGGGUUCUCGCGCACCGGGUAGCAGCAACAUAGGGCUUCCUGGAAGUUGAACUUAUCUACAAACUUCAAGAUGUUCUCCGCUCCAGGCAACAAUUCUUUGGCUCUUGCAGCCCCUCGACCAGGGAUGGAGCUGGCUAAUGUUCAACAGCAUCCAAAUCAGGCUCUUGGGCCUGGUGGAAAACAACGCACAUCCAGUCUGGAGGCACCUAUAAUGCUGCUUACAGGUCAUCAGAGUGCUAUCUACUGCAUGAAGUUCAACCCUUCUGGAACUGUGAUAGCAUCAGGCUCCCAUGACAAGGAUAUCUUCUUAUGGUAUGUUCAUGGUGAGUGCAAGAACUUCAUGGUACUGAGAGGGCACAAGAAUGCUGUUCUUGACCUCCAGUGGACUACGGAUGGGACCCAGUUAAUCUCCGCAAGUCCAGACAAGACCGUGAGGGUGUGGGACGUCGAGACUGGCAAGCAAGUUAAGAAGAUGGCUGAGCACUCGUCGUUUGUCAAUUCAUGUUGCCCAGCCCGCAAGUGGCCGCCUCUUGUUGUGAGUGGUUCAGAUGACGGUACAGCAAAGCUAUGGGACUUACGUCAGAGAGGUGCGAUUCAAACUCUUCCCGACAAAUACCAGAUCACAGCUGUGAGCUUCUCGGAGGCAGCAGAUAAGGUAUUCACCGGUGGCCUGGACAACGACGUCAAGUGGUGGGAUCUUCGCAAGAAUGAAGUAACAGAAUAUCUGAAAGGACAUCAGGACAUGAUCACUGGGAUGCAGCUUAGUCCCGAUGGGUCUUACCUCCUGACCAACGCAAUGGACAAUGAGCUCAAGAUCUGGGAUCUGCGCCCUUACGCACCAGAGAACCGGAACAUCAAGACCCUUACAGGCCACCAGCACAACUUUGAGAAGAACCUGUUGAAGUGUAGCUGGUCGCCAGAUAACCGCAAGGUCACUGCUGGGAGCGCGGACCGCAUGGUCUACAUCUGGGACACGACAUCGAGGCGGAUCCUGUACAAGCUUCCUGGGCACAACGGCUCCGUCAAUGAGACUGCUUUCCACCCCACUGAACCUAUCAUUGGAUCCUGCGGCAGCGACAAGCAGAUCUAUCUUGGGGAACUUUAGACGAGUAUCAGUUUCAUCAGCUAGAAGAGUUCUUGUGAUACUUGGAUGUGAAGGCGAAAAAGAAACCGACGACGUUCCGUUGCUUCGCCUGAGAAUUUGAAUGCUGGAUUGGCUGACCGGGAUUUGGGAUUUGUCAUUUGUAGAUUGUAUUAGCCUGUUAGGGCCAGUUGGUCUACCGUUUACGAACUGAACCAUGUUUUGUACCUGCUGGCUUUGCAUUGCUGAAAACUUGUUACCAUGCUUGAAGAUCACUAAUUGCAUGCCGAAAACUUGACAUUCUCAAAAA